GGUCAGGUGAAACAGGAAUUUACAACUCAACAUUACUUUACAGUGCGUAAUGCUGUGUUUACAAUAUUUUUUACGUGUAGAAAAUUAUUAAUAAUUAACCGUUCACCUAAUUUAUUGUUUUCAGAUCUGUGAGUUUAAACAUCAUGCUUAUAUUUUUAAACGAACUUUUUCAUUUUCCACCAAUCGAAAAUAAUUUCGUGAAAUCUCUCAACCAAGAUACCGUAUGACCAAGUUUUCAUGGCAAUGUUUUCGCUCAGAAUUCUGACAGUUGACUCAUACCAAUGUUCCCCAAUCAGUGGAUAUGAUGAUUGCUAUUCUGAUUUUCGUGGUUGCGAAAUUUAUAAUGUACCUGUUCUUACACUGUUUGGUACUACUCAGGCUGGACAAAAAGGUGCGAUCCAUGUUCAUGGAGUAUUUCCAUACUUAUAUCUACGAUGGAAUGAUGUCUUUCCUGACAUAUCGCCUGACAAUUGUCGUAAAUAUUUGCAAGAAUUAGCUUUGGAAAUAGAUAAAGCUUUGAAUGUUGAAGCAGCAAAAAGCAAUUGUAAUAAGCAUCAUGUGCAUAACAUCACAAUAGAAAAGAAGAGGUCUGUUUAUGGUUUCCAUGCAGAAACUGAAGAUUUCCUUAAAAUCCUCUUCUAUUAUCCAUGGGAUACUUCUAGAGUUGCUGCCCUAUUAUACAAACAGACUAUUUUGGAUAAAUUCAUACAGCCUUAUGAAGCACACUUUCCAUUUAGUUUUCAGUUCUUCGUGGACUACAAUCUCUUUGGUAUGAAUACAAUCAAUCUAUCAACCUUUAAAUUCCGAACUCCCAAUGGUAUUGAUACUUCAACUAUAAGAACGUCCUUGGGUAUAUCAAGUUUUCUUCAAGAAAACAGCCCUUCUUUCAGCAAAAUCUGGAAUAUUGCUGCUUUGUCUAGCUCUCAAGUGAACAAUCUCCCUAAAAAAGUUUAUUCUGAACUGGAGGUGGAUUGCUGUGAAGAUGCUAUUGUGAACAAAUAUGAUUUAACAUUUCAUAUUGGUAAAAACCCUGGGCUAGUCGAAAUAAGAGAAGAUUUGAAGCACCAAAGAAAACUGGUUAAUCAAACUUCCCAGUUGACUCCUAUACCAACUCAAGAGAGAGAUAUAGAAGCAACAGAAAGUGAACUGUUCUACAAAAGAAUAUUGAGAGAAAUAAUCCAAAGGAAUAAAACAGCGGCAGAAUCUUUGCUGGAAGAAAACAAUAAAUCUGAUGUCAAUGGUUCACAAACAUCUCUCAUUCAUUCGUCUUCAGAAUCUUUUGGCUUAUCCAACACGCAAGAUAGAGAAGUGUUAAAAUUGCUUGUGAAUAUGUGUGAAAAUCAUGUACCAGAAGAUGACAGUAUUCUUGCCACAAAGAAUGAUUCUGAGAGUGAUAAUGACGAUGAAGUCACAAAUGAAAUGUCCCAGCAAUUUGUAGAUGAUAUUUUGAAUGCACAAGUCUCUUCACAGCAUAUUGGCCUUCAAAAUCCAAUGCAUGCCAGUAAUGUUUUUCUCAACAGCAUUAAUGCUGACUUACCAUCAAGAUGCCAAGAGGAAUCCCAUAUGUGUCAAGUGGAUGGUGCAUAUGAUGGUGAUAAUGAUACUUUUGAAGGUCCACAGUUAUCAAAAGAAGAAGAGACGAAUGUAAACUCUGAGUUGAAAGAACCUCCUAUGUUGGAUCCUAUUCAUCCACCUGAAAGUCUUCAGCAAAGCUGGAUGAUACCUUGCUCAGUGAAAAUGACAGAUAUUGGAACUGUUAAUUCCACAGAGAAAAUGUCAUUGGCUUUUCUAGCUAAUGGUAGUAAUGCUCGACCAAAAUCAAAGACACUUCAUGCUCCUCUUGUUAAGAGGGUAAGUUGUUCAAGAAUGAACAAAAAUGAACGAUUGCAGAAAAAGAAAAUGACUAUUUGCCCUUCUGUUAGAAUUUUAUUAAAAGAUCUCAUUUCAAAGGUAGUAGAGCAAAAAAACGAAUCAAUGAAUGGUGGUUCAAAAACAAAAUGUAAUCAUCUUCAACUAAAUAAAGAUAAAACUACUGAACCUAAAGCAAAUGCUGAUUGUUUUUUGGGCACACGACCUAAGGCCAGAAACAAUAUUUGUCCACCUCUUGAGAAAUCAUGUGUGAUAAAAAAAUUACCAAUUGAUGAAGUAUCAGCCACUAAUUCUGGGUCUCUUCCAUCAAAAUCUACAUCUUGGAAUGAUCUUCUGAAACCGUUGCAAUUUAUUAAUAGUACAUGUAUUCCUUCUUCAUCUAAGCAUUCUAAGGAUGUUAGGCCAAAGAUGAAAAAUGGUAAAUUUAAAGCUCACUAUGAAUCGCAUACCAAUAAAAUUUACUCUGAUAAAGAUAAAAAUUAUGAAUUACAUCUGAAUUCAUCAAGCAAGAAAUCUCCAAAGAAAUCAGAAUUGCUUAAAAAAUUAUCAGCACGUGUUGAUAGUAAAUAUAAGAAAAAAGAUAUGAAUGAUAAACAAAAUGUAGGACUGUCAGACUCAGACUCAACCAAAUUAAAAAAAUCUUCUCAUGAUCACAACAAAUUUCACUCAUCUCCUAAUGAAUCACCUUGCACAAAAUCACCAAAUUCAAUUCAAACCUUUGGCACUCUCGAAAGCACUUUAAUUUUGAGCUGUAAUGUUUUAGACUAUGAUGAUGUAAAAAAUGUAAAUUUUUCCAAACUUGGUCGUGAAGUUGUGGUUCUUAAAAAGUUAACAGAAAAAGAAAUUUCUGACUUGAAAUCAGGAUGUAGCGAAAUAAAUCAAGAUCUUAUUUCUACACAAGCAUCAACUGAAAGCAAGAAAGAUCAAAAAGAGAUAAAGAAUGAAAGAAAAUGUUACAAAAUAUUUGACAAAAAUAAAUUAAAGCCAUGUUAUUUAAACCAUAUUGACAGUUUGGAUUUAAAGAAAUCAUCCGAGAUCAACACAGUUAACAAAGAACUGCCAUUUUCAGAAAUCCAAAACUCUCAUGAUACUGAUAGUGAUCAUUCUGGACUUAUAGGGGUUUCAGCUAAUGAAUCCCUUUUGGACAAUGCUGACUCUAAAAAAUUUAAAAAUAUACCAUGUACUCUUAAUAAUAUCACUCCUGCAUUUCGACUUACUGGUAUUAUUGAUGAAAAACUAUUUGCUCUUGACAAAAAUUCAGAAAGUUCAUCAUCUAAUAAUGGUAUGUUUGUCUCACAAAAUGAUGACCAAUGCUUUAGGCCUAAAGCACUUAGUGGUCAUCAGUCUACUACAUCAGUAAAUAAUGUUAAAGAAUCUGAUGAUGCAAUUGAUUGUAAAAAUAUGCUUGACCCUGAUGUUUGUAUUCUAGAAACUGCUACUAAUUAUUUGCAAUCUACUGGUAAUUCCAGCUCAAUGGCCGGUGUAUCUGCUUCUAAUUUGAAACCAGAAUUUCAGAAAUCUUUAAAAGAUAGUAAUCACAAAGUGAAUUCUGGAAAACAUAGAAAAAAGAAUAAAAAAGGCAAGCAGAAAGGGAAGGCAGAUGAAGAGUUGGAUACAAAAUAUGAAUUGCAUGAAUUUUCAAAAUAUAACGAUUUUAUUAAAGAUUCUGAACCUGCUUUUCAGAAUUCUCUUGAUGAAAGAAAUGUUGAUUAUUUUCCAGGAGCAAAAGCAGCGAGUCCUAAUGUAAAUCUUCUUAUCAAUUCUGCUACUAAAAUGUUAGGAAGUGAUCAAAAUCUGAAUAAUAAAGUUAUCAAACCAAGAGCCAUAUCUUCACUACUGGAAGCCAGUGUACCUUCUGGAAUGGACAAAAUUAAUAAAAAAUUUAGUAACAUCAUAAAGAAUUCCCCUUACGUUAAACUUGUUGAUUGUAAAAAAUUUAUUGAAGAAAAUCAUCCAGAAAACUUGCAUUUGUUAUCAAAGAAAAACAGAUUGUUUAAAAACAAUGAACAGAGAAUAUGUAAUAGUUCUAAAGUAUCUUCUGAAUCAAAAACUAAGAAAUUUCAAAUACCUAGAAAGGAAGAUUGUGUUUCUAGUUCGGGUUGUCCCAAUAAAAAUGAAUUCAAGCAUAAAUUUAAAAAUAUUCAGUGCAGUCAUAGUUCAUCUUCCAAGAAAAGAAAUCAAGGCUAUUCUAAAUUAGAUAUUUUGUCUCUACCUGUUAAAUCGAAAUCUAGUUCUGCAAUAGAAUUGCACACUAGCAAUGCAGUACCCAGUAGAUCAGUGAAUCCAAAGAUAACUUGCAAAUCUGAUACAAGAAAUAAUUUGCAUAUAAAUUAUCCUUCUUCUGAAUUGACACCAUCAAAAAUUAAGGAUGAAAUUAAUAAAAAUGCAUUAAAAUAUACCGAUUCCACUUUUUUAAAUUGUAUUCCUAAUCACUAUAGUAAGCCCUCUUCAAGUAAAAAUUCAAAUAAUCAUAAAUUGCCUGAUCCUGAUUGUAUAAUAGUAGGAGAGGUGAAAAUUAAGGAAGCAUCAGAAAACAAAAUGUCCAGUAAACCAAAAAAUAAAGAGAAAAAUAAAAUACCAUCUCAGUGGGUUGUAAAGGAAGAUAAUGAUUUUAAAAAUUCUUUGGGAGAUAAUUCCAUUGAGAAUUACUGCAACCCCAAAUCCAAAGUUGCAGUAACAAAUGAAAAUAAUGACCUAGUUCUUAUAAAAGUGCCCGAAGUAAAGCAUACAAAUAAAACUCAUUGUGAACCAAAACUUAAUUUAAGUAAUUCACUAGAUAACAGUAUUAUUACUACUAAUGAUCUGUAUGACACAGUGAAAAGAAGAACAGCUAGCAAAAACCAGCUUGCCCCAAAAAUUUUCUUGAAACCAGAUUCACGUAAAAGAUUGAAUAAUAAUAAAUCAGGAAAAGUUGUGCCUACUAAUUCAAAAACAAAAACCUCUAAGAAAAAUCUUGCUGAUGACCAGAAGAAUUUUUUGUCAGUUCCAACUGCAAAAUCAGAUAUUCGGUGUCCAUCUUCUUAUGAAAAAGAGGAUUCUUUUCCUGCAUCAGAAAGAAAAAAUUCUGUUUGUGUUUCAAAUGAAAAGGAAUUGAAUGAUUUAAAAAACACUGUUUCUGUAUCUAAAAAGAAAGCAUUAUUUUCUUCGCUGAAUAAAAAUCAAUCUCAUAUGAAAAAGGAAUCUGUUUCAAUACUUGAUGGUAUGACUGCUGAUAGCUCGGCAUUGAUUGGUCCACCCCAAAUGUCUGAAGAUAUUACAGCACCUAAUAAUGAAUCUAUGCCACAAUCUCCUGGACCAUCUACUUCAACUGAUGUUUUGCAUACUGAUAUUUUAUCUACAAAUAAUGUAUUAAAUCCUAUUCCGGAGGAUUCAAAUGGAAACGAGUCUGCUUUCUUGCUACAAACUACACAAGCUUGUGGAAGCCUCCCCACUACUAGUUCAAAAAGUAUUUUAUCUAGACCUUCUAAAGGAAGGGCUUCAAAAAUGAGUAGAAUUUCUAACAAUUUUGGUUUUUUCAGCAGUAAAACUCCACAAAGAAACAGAAGAUGUCAAAAUGAUCCUGAAAGUUUGCAGUUCCCAAAGCCAAUGAGUAGUAGACUAUCACUCAAGUCGAAUAAGAAAAAUGACUUCCCCAAUGAAAGAAAAAAUUAUACCUCACAGCAAGACUCCAGAGCAAAAUGGAAAAUUGAUAAUACAUUAUUGGAUAACAAUUCCCAAGGUUGUAAUAAAUCUACCAGUUCUGAGAAGAAUUUGUAUCUUCAGUCUUCCGAAACUAACAUUUUACCACAGAACGUUUCUAUAAAGUCUGAACCAGCUGAUGAUUAUGAUGAUAAUAAAAAUCCUGUUAUAAGUGAUGCUUUAAAAUGUUUUGAUUUCGAUGAGGGGUCGAGCUCUGAUUCUGCUUCAUUUACUUUCAGCCACUCAAAACGAACUCAAAACCAAAAAGAUAAAAAAAAUCAACAAAAGACACAGCAACCUAAACAUGGAAGAAAUGCAUCUAAAAGUAAUGUGCAGUGCUCCUCAUCUAGUACUAAUGAAUCAAGUAAAGGCAAUGUUCAUCUUAAUUCUCCUUCAACUUCAUCGUGUAACAGUAGUGUCAAUAUUGAUAGAUAUCCCAAAAGAAAUUGUUCGAUUACAUCCAGUGUUGAUGAUGAUGUAGUUAUCCUUGAUGAAACUCCGGUCAUUAAUUGUGGUUCUUCUCGAGGGACCCGUAAGUCUUCAAGAUUACUGAGUAAUAACAAUACUGGUCCAAAAGAAAUAAUUGAUUUAGAGAAAGAAGAUGUCUGCAUGAAUGCAGCACCAGUUAUUACUAUAAAGCGGGAUAGUGAAGGAAACAACAGCAUUGUACCAAAUAAAAGAUGCAAUAUUUCUACAAAUAAUGUGAGUAGACCUGAAUGUUUAGCAUGUACUCAGCCAUCCACAUCAUCCUCCUCAUGCUUUUGUGAGACAGAUUCAUCUGAUAUUUUGGGAUCAAGAAAUUCUGCUGAUGAUUCAUUGUCCAGUCCCGAUUCGAAACAUGGUCUUAAACUGAAGCUCAAACUGAAAACUAUCAUGACACGUAACAAUGAACCCAAAAUUGUUGUUGUUGGGAAGCAUUUAGAUGGGGAAAAGAGUCAGGAAAAUGACAUGCAAAAUCAUUGUGAAGUUACAAUAAAAGUGGAAGGAGAAUCGGAAAUAAAAUCAAGAACAAAACGAACAUUAGGAGCUAGGAGUUCAAAACGGAGAUCAAAAACAAAUACAGAUGCACCACCUUUACUUAUUAAAGAUAUCAAGAAAGAAAAAGAUGAUGAUUAUGAAAAAUCAUAUGUACAGCCUUUGAAAUUUAGCUUAGCUUCCAUAAAUGCAGCUAAAACGGAGAAACCUAGCACAAGUUUGGAGCCAAAGUGUGAGCCUUUGAAAUUAUAUAGAAGAUUAAACCACUUUUAUCUGGAAUCUGAUACUUCUAAUAAAAGAAAAUUGCCCAACUCUACUGAUGAGAAUCCUAGUAAAGAAACAGAAGUACUUCCAAAACGCAGGAGAGGUAGACCUGCUAAAAUUCAAAAAUCUGCUCCUCCCCAAAAUGAUUUAUCUCCACUAAAAAAUAAUACUUCCUUCAAUAAAAGUUCAAGUAAUGGAAGUUCCACUUGUCAAAAUAAAGGUACAUCUUCUCCUGAUCAGCUUUUAGAUAUAGGCAGAAGAUGUUCUUUCCCCAUUUCAGAUAAUAUAGAAGAAUGUUGUUAUGAGAAAGUUGGCCCAGACAAGAAGUUCGACUGGUUAAAAGUAAAAAUUAAACAAGAACCUAUUUCUGACCAUGAGGAUGCAGGAAAGAAGGAUAAUAAUGCUAAUGUAAGUUUGUCAUCAUUGGAAAAUAAUGCAUCAGCUGCAACCUCAAGAAGAAGAAAUAGUUUGAGAUGUGAAAGCUUCAAAAAAUUUUUCGAUUCUGGUAGCGAUGAUGAUACAAAACCUAAAAGUGUUACAAAACCUCAAAAAAAAAAGACAAGGUCUAAAUCAGUUAAUAUUGAAACCAGCAAGAAAAAUGUUGAACAGCCUAAUGAAAUGCCAACUUUUUCCAACAGAAGAACUAGAACUAGAUCAGGAAGCUUUAAAAAGUUCUUCAAUGGGGAUAACGAUGGGAAUUCUGAUUCUGACCGCAAAUAUGUAAGUUCUAACAUAAUAGUUAAAACCAAAAAGGAAACGCCUCCUCGUCGAAAAAGGGGCAGACCACCACUUUUGAGAAAUAGACAAUUGUCUACUGAUGCUCAGCCUUCUUGCAAUCCAUGUAGUGUCACAUUAGAGAGACUUCCCCCAUCUCUCCUAAAACAAGGCAAUUCAACCAAAAAAACGCACAAACGAUCAAAUUUUGAAGCAAGGAAUGAGCCCAAUUUAAAUUCUGCUGUUGGUAGUAGUCAGCAAAUUCCUGGUUUAAAUUCUAAUAGUAUUCCCAGUUACUCUAUUCAAAACAAUGAAUCAACAAUGUACAUUCGACCUCCUUGUAUUGAUAAUGAUAUAACUCACAUAGAACCACAUGUUUUGAAUUCAGAAAAAAGUGAUUUUGAAGUCCUUCAUAGCAAAGUUAUGGGUGAAAAAAUUUCACCAGUAUUACGACCAUCUACAGAUAAAAAUCCGGACACACAGUUUGUUACCAAUUCUGGACCGGUAACUAUAAAUGGACUUAAUUCUAUAGAUAUUAAUAGCAAUAUCUCAGAACUUUUAAGCAAAAAAGAAAUUCCAGAUAAUCAAAUGAACUGCCCGUCAUUUAUGUAUAACUCUAUACUAAAUCCUGACAGCAGUAUCCUCUCAAACCAAAAUUCUGCGAAUUUCCUUAGGCCUCCAUCACACGAAAUGGACCAACGUGUGUUUGAAAGCCCAUCAGAUAUUUUAAGAAGUGGUAAUAUGGACUGUCAGUCACCUUUACUUUAUUCUCAUUCACCUAUUGCCGACAUAAAACAUACAAAUGACAAUAAAUUCUUGCAUUUAAAUCAAUCCCCACCCCAAGGAUACAAACGACAGCAAGAUUUAAUUCACAGCCCAGUUAUGAAUACUGAUCCCAUGUUUGAUCAUUGCAAUUCUCCUUUGAAAGAAGUCAUCACAGCAAAUGAAAAUUUGAAAACUCAAGAAAAAGAUUUUAGCGGAACCAUGCAGCGAAGAAGUGUGAACAGUUAUUAUUCUAACUGCAGUGACUCGUAUAAUGAAGGGUCAGUAAUUCACAAAUCAAAAACUAAACACGAUAUGUUUGCUAAUGACAUUCCUGGUUCUUUGCAUGCAAAUGAUUUUAGCAAAGAACAACAGCAACAUAAUUCUCCUUAUCCAUUUGAAAGCAAUUCUUUGGAUCAGAAUGAAGAACUUUCCUGUUGUACCACAAAAAGAUUUGACACUUACGAUAAAAUCUCCAAAAGUCAGCGUAAUUCUUUAAAAUACCUUGGCAAGACUUUCAGUGGCAGAGAAACAAAUGUAACUUCAUGUUUCCCAAAUAAUUAUUCCGAAAGCAGGAAGUCAUUCCAUUCUAUUCCCAAGCAAACCAGACUGACUUACGAGGGAUCAAAUCAGGGAAGUUCGCCCUACUCUAGAUUUCCCAGUAGUUAUGGUUCUCCAGCAGGAGUACAACAGCAACAGCCUUAUUCGGCAGCUAAUGAAAAUACUUUCAAUAAUUCUUUUCAUCAAAGAACUGAUGAAUCAUUGAAUUCUUUCCAAAAUCACAAUGAAUAUUAUGACCGAAUGAAAUGGGAAAAUUUGAAUAUCUCUAGCUUUUCCAAUACUAAUGAUUCAUAUUCUGAAAAUAGUAGGUCACCAUUUUCUGUCCAUCAAAACAGGUUUGACAGCUAUUAUACUAAAAAUAAUAGUGAUUUAAAUGGGAGCUCUAGAAUGAAUAUUGAUUCUUAUUGCAAGCAAAAAUGGUCAGAAGUUAAUACUCCUUAUUUCCCUCUUGGUGACAGACCUCUAAAUGAAUUUCCCCGAAAUGAUCGAUCUUUGGAUGAAUUCUCUCUUAAUGAUAGGCCUGUAAAUGAUAUUUUUCGAUACCAGCCUCCUCAAGUUCAGCCAGAAUCAAGCAAGUAUGACAGUUCAUAUCCAAAUAUUAAUAGUCAAGUUUCUACUUCAAGUGAAACAUUUGAUAGAACAAAAAGUGUUAAUACAAAUUUUUCACGUUUUUCAACUUUUGAUUGUAAUCCUGAUGAGUCAAAAGAAUUUCAGAACACAGCAGGAAAAAAAUAUGAAAACGCAUUUGAUAAAAAUAUAGAAGAAUUUUUUAAUCAACAUAGAUUUACUUCUAAUAGUUCAGAAAUUCAGAGUCCUUCACCUGUUUCUCAUACAUCUUCACAGCUAGGAACAAAUUCCAGCCCUUUCAAAAUUGAUUCCACUGUAGAUUUUAAUAAAAAAGUGGAUUUUAAUACUGAAUCAAAUGAUGCGGGAUGCAGUUUUAUUGAGGUGUGCAAACCAUCUCCUUGUAGUUCAUUAAGUGAUCAGUUGGAUUCUGUGCAAAGUCCUAGUUUAAUUAAUAAUUCACCAUUAUGUAUGCCUAACCAUCCGGCGAGUGUUAUAGGGAAAUUUAAAAUGCAAGAAAUAAUUGAAGAAUUGUCUUCACCAUGUGUAGAAGAUGUAACAAACUCCUCAGAAGUCUAUGAUCAAAAAACACUGUCACCAAACAACUCUAGAGUAGUUCCAGUUGUAUCAAGUGAUUCUGGUGAUACUAUGAGUGAAUGCAGUACCAUUCUAAAAUCACCUGAUUCCCUUUCAAGGAAUGCCAAAAUCACUUUUAAUGAACAAAAUGUUAGAACAUUUGAAAUGAAUUUGGAUUCAGUACAAGAGGACUCCUUUGAUUUACUAUCGGACCAAAUGAUUUCAGAAGAUGAAUCAUUUCUAAUGGAUGACAAUAUAUUCCCAAAUUCCCCAGAAACGAAAGUUGAUGAAAGUUCACUUAUUCCUGUGGACAAUAAGGAUAGUGAUGAUGUAUGCACCAUUCCUAAAACAACAUGUACUGAUAACUUUUCUGCACAAAGUGCAGAAGCAGAUCAAACUUCUUUGAAUUAUAUUGAUUGUAACGUUCAAAUUCUCAAUUUUCAAGAGUGUCUCACUGAAAGUGAUCCUGUUAUGCAUCCUUUUUUAGGUGAUCUGAACUUGGAUUUUCUUUCUCAAGACAGUAACAAUAUUACAAACAAGGAAAAUGACAGUAAUAAUUGUGUGAAAGCAAUAGAUGUCUCAGUGAAAGAUGAUCUUAGCGACUCAACUCAGACUGCCGACAAAGCUCAAAACAAUAGUGGCUGCCCAUUAUUUCUUGAAACAGUUCCUAAUGUGAAUGUCAUAGUUGCAAAUCCCUCGAGCUCCACAUCAGAUCCUCCUAACUCUCUUGUACCAUUGGAAUCUCAUAAAAACUCUAUUAUGCCAACUGUAACUGUUAGUAAUUCACUUUUAAAUGAGACUCCUUUGUCACAAUCAUCACCUGCUUUUAAUCCCAUUGGCCCAACUUUUUUAUCAACUUUGAUGGUCAAUGAUUCUAUAGUAUUACCUCAAUCUAAUUUUUUCUUCAAUAAUGGUUCAAUAAUUAUUAGAGAUGAUUCAUCUGUAAAACAGGAUCAUAUUAAUAUGUUUCAAAAUUCAGGUACUGAUAAAAAUUAUUCCAUGGACAGUGAAUCUGAAGUAGACUCUAAAGAUUCACAAGAGGUUCAGAAUCUUAGAAAAUCCUUUAAUGGAGAAGAUGAUAUAUUAAGUAUGAUUGUUAAGUCUUGUGAUAUUGGUGAAGAAUUUGAUGAAAAGUUUGAUUCACCAGAUGAGUCUUUAAAUAAUGUAGGCGAAUCAAACAGCAUCCUGUCUACAACAGAAAACUUUGAUGCUGCAUCUAACUUCAGUGCUGUAGUUAAUACUGAUUCAAUUCCUAAUUCUCUUCCUAUAAAUAACAUGAAACAGAUCACUAUGGCUUCUCAAGACUUACCUUCAAAUCAUGUGCAAAAAGUUGAGUCUGCAGUCCUUUCAUGCGAACUUCCUAAGCAAAUUAAUGAAUAUCGGUCAAAAGAAAAUGCUUCUGAAACUACUUCAUCUGUAUCAUCCCCCAACCAGUCUUUAGAACCUUCCCGGGAUAAGGAAAGCAUCCAAGAAAGUGCCAUUUUAGACAGCAUGAUUCAUAGCUUUUAUGGGGAAGAAACUAUAUACAGCUUAAAUGCAUUGGAAAAUUGUGAUUCUUUGUCUUUUUGUUCAAAUGUCCAUAUCUACAAUGCAUCAUUGGAUGAAUUAAAUAAAGGCAAUUUGAAAUCAGUUGCUGGUGACUUUCCAGCAAGAUAUAGCAAAGGCAUUGUAAUAAUAUCUCCUAAUCAAUCUAGUGAUUUGCCGUGUAAAGGAAAUUAUACAUUAAUGGCUAAAGCUGGAAAUGGAAGCAGUUGGAAGAAUCAGCUGAAUUUGAAUGAUAAAUUGGAAUUUAAAAAACCAACUGAUUCCAUCUCAGGCGAAACAAAUGAGAUAGAUUUACAAAAGAUGCUAAUGAAGCCUGGUGGUUCACCUCCACAUUAUGUCAGAAUAGUAAUUUGGAUUGGUAAACCACCGGAAGCUACAACAUGCAGUAGUCUUGAAGACACCCCUAGUCAGACAUUGGAAUCUACAGAAGAAAAAUCUCAACCUAGUGAAAACCAGUCAGCUCAGAACGUGCCAAACGUUGUUAACCAACAAUUGAUGAUUACUCCAACAUCGGGAACAGAUCAUGGUGUUCUCAGACAGUUACUUUCCAGAGGUGUUUCUUUAGAAUCAACUCCUAAUAAUCGCUCAUACAGCAAAGAACACAUAUUAGAUAGGCUACUUUUGUCACCUAUCAGUAAAGACAAUUUACUGACAAAUGACAUAAAGAAAAAAAGAAAACUUUCAUUUGAUGAUGCAUCAGAACAAUCUGAAUUGCCAGAGAGUAAGAAAUUGAAGGGAGUUCAUGAGAGAUCUUGGAAAAAAUCCCUUAUAUCUGAUCAAUCUGAGGAUAUAUCUGGAAAUCUGACUUCAUCUGAAAUCGAUGGACCAACAUUAAUAAAUUCGAAAGACUUUCGAAUCAACAUUGAAGAUUGUGAAAGAGUGAGGCACGAAGCGCAACAUCUCACUAUAAUGAGCUUGGAAAUACAUGUAAAUACUAGAAACACUUUAAGCCCAGAUCCUGAGCAUGAUCCAGUUGCUGUCAUUUUUUAUACCAUUUACAAUGAAAUGGAAACUUUUCAACAAGAAAUCGUGGGCAUUAUAGCAUUUGAAAAGCAGCCUGAGAACAAUGGUUUGAGAAACACUCGCACAUCUCUGACAAAUUAUUUAACUCUAGUGCCUGGAGUAAAAACUUGCCAAGUGACCUGUGUGGAGGAUGAAAAGCUGCUAUUUGAAAAACUUACUUCCGUUGUAAAAGAAUGGGAUCCUGAUUUGUUGAUUGGUUAUGAAAUUCAAAUGGCAUCCUGGGGAUAUCUAAUUGAAAGGGCCAGAUUUUUGAAGAUCAACUUGAUCAGUAUGUUAUCAAGAUUCUGCUCUGAAAAAAAAGAGAAUAAACUUGAUCAAGUUCGUGAAGAAAAUGUAGUUGACCAGACUGCAGACAUUGAUCGUAUCAGUAUUCCUGGAAGAAUUGUCCUCAAUGUAUGGCGACUUAUGAGGAAAGAAAUAACCCUAAAUGUGUAUACCUUUGAGAAUGUGUAUUAUCAUGUGCUUCACAAACGCACACCAAAGUAUUCCUUCCAUGAUCUAUCUCAGUGGUAUUGUGGUCAUCAGAAAGAAACCAUUGUAAGAUACUAUGUAAUUCGUAUUUUGGGGACAAUUCAAAUAUUAGAUAAACUUGACCUCAUUCGACGCACUAGUGAAUUGGCCCGCCUCUUUGGAAUCCAAUUUUAUGAAGUACUGAGUAGAGGCUCCCAAUUUAGGGUAGAAUCCAUGAUGCUUCGUACAGCUGCACCAAUGGGUUUUGUGGCUGUGUCACCAUCAGUCCAGCAGCGAUCUCAUUCGCGUGCACCUGAAUGUGUGCCACUCAUUUUGGAGCCACUGUCAAAAUUCUAUGAGGAUCCAUUGGUUGUGUUAGACUUUCAAUCUCUGUAUCCCUCCGUAAUUAUAGCUAACAACUAUUGCUUCUCAACGUGCCUUGGUAGGAUUGGUCACUUUGAUAAAAAUGUGCCUUUUGAAUUCGGUUGCACUUCUCUUAAUGUCUCUGCGGCCCUUCUCAAAAAUCUGGUUGAAAGUGACAGCAUUAAUGUUUCACCCCAGGGCAUUGCAUUUGUCAAGUCUAACAUUAGACGUGGUAUCUUGCCAACUAUGUUGGAGGAAAUAUUAGCCACUCGAAUAAUGGUGAAGCAAUCCAUGAAGAAUAUCAAACACAAUAAUGCUUUGAAGAAGCUUCUUGAUGCUCGACAGCUGGGUCUUAAGUUAAUUGCCAAUGUCACUUAUGGUUAUACUGGAGCAAGCUAUUCUGGAAGAAUGCCUUGCGUAGAAGUGGCAGACAGCAUAGUUGGGAAAGCAAGAGAAACCUUGGAAAGGGCCAUCCGACUCAUUGAAAAUACACCAGAAUGGAGAGCUAAAGUAGUGUAUGGGGAUACAGACAGCUUGUUCGUUUUGUUACCUGGAAGAAGUAAAGAAGAAGCAUUCAAGAUAGGACAAGAAAUGGCAGAUGCAGUAACAAAAACAAAUCCUAGGCCAGUCAAACUGAAAUUUGAAAAGGUAUAUCUUCCAUGUGUACUGCAAACAAAGAAGCGUUAUGUUGGCUUUAUGUAUGAAACUAUCAAUCAGGAAAAACCCAUCUUUGAUGCGAAGGGAAUUGAGACAGUUCGUCGAGAUUCUUGUCCUGCUACUGCUAAAAUCUUAGAAAAGUCACUGAAGAUAUUGUUUGAAACCCAUGAUAUUAAUUCGGUGAAAAAUUAUGUCCUAAAACAAUUUCGCUGUGUUAUGAAUGGACGCAUGAAUUUAAUGGAUUUCAUAUUUGCCAAAGAAUAUCGAGGAUUAUCUGGAUACAAACCUGGUGCUUGUGUUCCAGCUUUGGAAAUUGCAAAGAGGCGCAUUAAUAAAGAUCCUCGAUCUGAACCUAGAACUGGAGAACGGGUGCCUUAUGUAGUGGUAUAUGGCUUGCCAGGAUUGCCAAUCAUCCGGUUAGUUCACGAGCCAGGUGAUCUCCUCAUGAAUCCCAGCCUUCGCAUCAAUGCCACAUAUUACAUCACUCGUGUCAUAUCUCCCCCUCUAGAGAGGAUCUUUUCUCUCAUGGGUGCUAAUGUCAAAACUUGGUAUGCUGCUUUUGCCCAUACUCAGAAGCUUAAUUUGCCUAUGUCUCAUUAUCCCAGAGGAACAAUAACGCAGUAUUUCGUCACUCGUAAUUGCCCUUCAUGUGAUUGCCCUAUCACAUCAACUUUGUGUGAUAAUUGUUGUCAUGAUCAAGCUGGAACAGCAGCUGAUCUGCAACAUAAGAUUAGAAAAUGGGAGAGAGCUGUAAAUCAUCUCAACCAGAUUUGUGUAAGUUGUACAAAAUCAAACUCCAGUGUUGAUCACUGCACAUGUAUGGAUUGUCCUGUUUUAUUUAAAAGGAACCUGUCCAAGAAGAAUUUCUCUCAGGCUCCAUACUUAAGAAAAAUUUUAACCCAUGAAUUAUUUUAAGAAGGUGCAAUUCAUUCAUUGACUGAAAAAUUUUCAACUGCUACAAUGUUUCAGUGCAUCAUAAAUGUUUACCAUAUGUAGAUAUGAACUCAAUUUAAUUUGUAAAUAUCUUUGUGACAUCAUGUGAAAAUUAUUGUACAUAUUUUCUGAAAAAUACAUGAGCACUUUGAGUGUCUCAUAUAUUUAACAGAUGUUUAUUUUUCUGAAUAUAUAUAUAUAUUAUUUUAUCAGAUGCAUCUCAGACCACUAAACUGACUAGCCAGGUGCAUGCUGGUAGUUUUUAAAUAAAAAAAAUCUACAAAAGAGUUUUCUUCUACAAUUUUUACAUUUAGCUACAUUUCGGGUUAUAGCUUGAAAUUUUAAUAGAAAAAUUUAAAGAUGCAGUGGAAAAUUUAAUGAAUAUUUUUUUUAACAUACAGUAUAAAGCAGUACUGUCCUUAAACUGAUUGGAUAGUGAUUUCAUAUAUACCAUACUAAUUACAUUGUUUUUAUUUACCACAAUAAAAUUAAUUAAAUUCUGAUGUCUUUUUUUUUAUAUUGCAUUUACCUUUCCAUUUUGAAAUUGCUAACCCAAGAUGUCAUUUCAUCAAAUUCAUUAUUUUGUGCUCUUAAUAAUUUAGUAAAAGUUUGUACUUACAUUACAUAGAUUCUUCUAAUAAUCUCUUAUAUCCUUUUUAAUUGACUUAAAUAUGGUUUCCCAGUCAAAAAUAAUGAUUUUGUAUACUCUGUUAAUUAAUAAUUAUAUUGUAUUACUUUCAUUCUUAAAUUUGCAGAAAAAUUACCUUGCUGCUUAUUUGUGUGUUGUAUUAAUAAGUAUAUUUUACAUUAAAUUUGGACAUUUAUGAGUAUUCUUAUAUAGACCAUUUCAAAUUUUAAUAUUACUGGCAUGGAAUCGUAUUCUUAUUGAAGUAUAUUGAACAAUUUGUUUUGCAGUAAGCUUUCAAACUGUGAAAUAGGUUUAUCUAACCCCCUCCCCCAUUUUAUUUCUGAAAUCUGUUCCUAAGGGGUGAUAAGUUUUGUUUCUCUUAUAGACAGACCUGUGCUGGAAAAUGUCUAUGUCUUGGAAACGAAUGAAACAUUUUAAAUUUAUUAUAGACACCACCUAGAUUAUAUUAUCUUAAGAAAAAAUCAGCAUAGUUGAAAAAGAAAAAAAAAUUAUUUGCUCAUUUCCUAAAAUUAAUAUACUUUUUAAAAGUAACUUAAAUAGAUUUGCAUUGUUGACAAUGCCUCUAAAUCUUAAAUAAGAUAAAAAAUUUAUUUGGGGGUGGGGGUUCUUUAAAAUUGUGCAAAUUAUUUUGAGCUAGUCAUUUAUCCAAGUGGGUGUUGGAUGAAAGUUGAUAAAAUGAUGUCUUAAAUAUACUUAUGAAGAAAUGCAUCUUUCUGUAUUCAUUUGAAGGCAUUCUUUUAUAUUAUUCAUCAAAUUUUUCUGUUAAAGUCUUGUUUAAUUUUUUAUUACUUUUGUAUAGUAGAAAAUGUUGCUGAUCUUAAUUUUUAUCAGUUAUUACAACUGACAUGUUUGUAAAUAUGCUUUGAAUGUUUUUGUUAGAAAUCUGUGGAACUUUUAAGAAUUUUUCACUUGUUUUUUAUUUUGCACCAUAUAUUUAUGGAAGAUAUACAAUGUCCGAAUGUUGUUUGUAGAUCUAUCUUAUCUUUUCUCACUUGCUGCAUUUUUAGAUUAGUGUUCUCAGAUUGAUGUGAUACCAUUUGAUGUGCAAUUGAUUUUUAGCAAUACUUAAAAAUUGUAUUUAUCUUUUACUAAAUGAAUAAAGCAGAUUACAAUCUAUACUUUGAUACCAGUUCCGAUAAAUAAUGGCUAAAAAAAAUAUUUAAGUGGUGUUUUCAAUAUUGUCAUCAACCUAAUUUGAAUUCUUCAAGUUUCUGUAUCUUUUUUAUUUUAUUUUGGUAAUUUUUAAGACUUACCAAUUAGUAUAAUUUCAUAUGAACAGUAAUAUCAAUUAUUACUAAAGAAAUUUUUUUUCUCUCUCUCCUGCAGACUGCAAUUUUAGUCCAUUCCACAAAGAGAGAGUUUUUGAACUUUAAUCAUUUGUGUAUUGGUCAUUACAGUAUGUCAGUGCAUCUACGAUAUACAUUAUUGUUAUGUAUGCAUGUUGAAAAUGUCAUUAACUAAACUUUUUUUUUUAAUUUAUUGCACUUGAAAUAAUUAUUAGCAAAAACUGAUGAUACUUAUCUUUUUGAAAUUAUGUCAGCUGAUUAAUGUGUCAUGUAUUUCCCCAAAUAAGUGGGGAAAUUAUGAUAAUUGUUUGUGAAAGUGCAUCUCAUCUGUAGUUACUGUAUGUGAACCAUUAUAAAAAUGUUGCACUUCUCUGUCUUCUUUGAACUGUUGUAUUAAGUAUUGUAUGCCAGUAUGUUAUUGUAUGUGAAGUGUUAUUUCCAUAGUAUAACUCUCAAGUUACAUGUGUUAAAAGGAAAUAUUCAGAUUCAAAUAUACUGAUGCUGUGUUUUGCAGUUGAUUGCAAAAAUUCCAAAUGUGGCAUUUUGUUAAAAAUACUGUAGGUUAUUUCUUCAGAAUGUAGUCUGAUCAAGAGUAUCUUACUGUCUUAAAAAAGAAGAAUUUUAAAAAAAAAACCCUAAAAUUUAUAAAGCUGCUUUUCAAGUCUAAGUAUCCAUAUGAGUAAUUUUUGUAAAAUAUUUAUAUUAAACUUUUCUCUAAUAUUUAAAAUUAUGAAUAAAUAUUUAUUUUUAUUAAUAAGCCAUUAAUUGUAUUACUAAAUUCUUAACAUGUUAUAACAUCUUAUUACAAAAAAAUUUUCUCUUGUUGCAAAAUUAUUUUUUAAUUUUUUUUAUUCAUUCAUUUUAUUGUG